AUGCCAUCACAAUCGUUGACUGGCGGCCACAUUCGCUGGGAGCCACUCAUCCAUCGCACUCUGCAGGAAGAUGCCACCCGCCCCAACCGACACCUUCCUUGCAACGCCCUUUCCCAUAUCAGCUACCCGCAGCGGCUGUCGCAGCAGGAGCAUGGCUCUCGGCUUUAUUCAGCCAUCGUCACCUCCGACACUCCUGGCCCAUUCUUUCUCAUCAACGCCGCCCUUCAGAGCCCGACAGAGCUGCUCCGCAGCUCCAGCGCCACCUUCAUUGUCCCGCUCCGGCAGCCACCUCGGGAUGCAUCUCCAUUCUUUGCCAGGUGGCUGCCGGAUGUAGCCGUUUUCCUGGUUGAGCACUGUUUUUCCGUUCCAGUCGGUGUUCAGCGCUUCGAGGACGGAACGAAGAGUGCACAGGUGCAGGAGAGCAGCCGUGGCGUGGGUCUCGCGGAGGUAUGUCAAUUCAACGAAACACUGCCCUGUCAUAGUGACCGCUCUCUGCAGGCUGCCCUGAGUGAAGAAGAAGUCGCAGAGCUACUGAAGCUAGACCAAUUUGACUGGGGCGAUGAAAUCUUCACGGACCCCAUGCUUGUGGAGUCGGAGUCUCGGAAUGAGCAAGACCAUGCUCUAGACUUCAUGCAACAGACAGACACCAAGAGGAAUGGUGAAGUCUCUUCAGUAGCUCUCCUGGAACAUAACAUGACAAACACUGACAUGAGUUGUGACCCAGGCCCUGUGCCUCCGACCGUCGUGUUACCCAUUACUGCCCUGUCAAAUCCAGUCACGGAUUCGGUGACAGCAGCGAUGUUUCUUGAGUACGAAACAAUCUUCACCGAUGACAGUACGGGACUUUCACAUGACGGGCAGCCUGCCGAUAUCCUACCUCUAUCUUGCGCUGCUGGAGACGAGAUAUUAUGGCAACAGCGGUGCAUGGCGCGCGACCCUGGGAUACACCAUUUCAAUUGGCUAGGCCGACCCGUCUCGGAACGCAGUCAUACUCCCCCAGAAGUAUCUCUUGUUGUCAUCACCAGUUCUCCCAAACCCUGGAUGCAUGACAUAUCACGAGCCGGGGCCAUGAUGCGGCAAGCUCUCACGUACGUUGAUCCGGUUCUUUUCAAAGGCGAUAAGAGCAUCCUGUCCAGGUUUCGUGGCCAUGCAUUGAUGCAAGCUCUGCGGGGACGCGUUUGUCAAUUCUACACUCCGAAUGGUACAUGGCAGAAAGAUCAAAAUGGCCAUUGUGAUAUAGAGCCGUGGCCGGAUCCUGGACACCCGAGAGCCUAUUUAACCAGCCCAUGGCUGAUAGUUACCGGCUGGUUGGGAAGUGAUGACACUCCAACAAGGUUUAGUUAUAUGCGCGGGUCGAGUGCGCCGUUAAUUAGGCCCAGGGUGCGAAGAUCGGCAUCCUCUCUCAGUAUUUCAGACACCGCAUAG